AUGCGCUCUUUCACCUCGGGCCUUCGCCCAUUGAACGCUUUGUCGCAAUCACACAAGAUCGCACGCAUGAACUCGCGCUUCCUCUCUACACAACCCUUUCAUUCGCGCUCAGCUCUCGCAGCUCUCCCUCACCAGCGUAUCUUCGCCCAUACACAACUGCGAUGCAACUCAAGCGCCUCUCGUCCUCUCACCGAGUCGCCAUCGCCUAAAACUCAGGCCGAACAAGAAGCCGAAUGGGAGGCGGCGAACAAGGAACGUCGCAAGAAUGAGGAAGCAUACCGUAUCACUUUUACCUGCAAGCCGUGUGGUCAUCGUUCUGCACACCGCAUGUCCAAGCAAGGCUACCACCGUGGAACUGUCCUCAUUCAAUGUCCCUCGUGCGACUCGCGCCAUGUUAUGAGUGACCACCUCGGUGUCUUCUUUGACAAGAAGACUACACUUGAAGACCUUUUGAAGGAGAAGGGUCAGACAUUGACCCACGGUCACACUGAUGGAAGCUUGGAGUUCUGGGAAGAUGGGUCUGUGAAGAGUUAUGAUUUGGAAGGUAAGGAGAAAGAACUUGGGUCUCCUAACGAAGAGAAGUCGGCUUAA